AUGCCUGUCACAGUGACAAUCGCUAAUCAAGCCGCUGAGAACUGGAAAGCUCCCAAAGUGAGAACAGCCAGUGAGCUUCUGAAAGAAGUCCACCCAAAAGAACAUGAGAGUAUGAAACGUAUUUUGGGGAGCUCCUUCGCUACCAGCUUCUUGAGCGAAUCCCACAUCUCAGCGUCGCCCAACGGAUUUGUUUAUUCUGCCUACAUCGCAUAUGGUAAACACCAUCACCUUACCAUCAGGCCUGAUAAUGUCUGGUUCGCGAUACUUUCCCAACUUGGAUUCUACCUCGGCAAGCAUUCGAAGCCAAAGAGGCUGCGUUGCAAUACGGUCUUACCCGAGGGGACAAAGCAAAUAACCCUGGCUUAUCGCGACGGGCACAGUAGUGGAUCGAGAAUCUAUGCAUACCUUGCUCAAAAGUUGAACGAUGAGAUCUUUGACGAAAUCCAAGAUCCGUUAUGGGCGACACCAUCGUUUACGACCACGACUGAUACUGACCGCGCUGUUGCUUCAGCGCUGCUCAUGGGAACGAUGCAACCAUACUACGAAUGUGAUCUGGUAAUGUUGUGUGGACUGCCUUCUGUGACGCUUCUGGGAGAAAUCGAGGACUGGCAAGAAAUAAACGGCAGGAUAGAUUACCUAUAUCAGCUUGAUCGCGCGCCGCUAACAAGAUUCGCCAACAUGCUACGUCCAAUACUGCGGCACAUGAUUCAUUCGUUUACCCAUCCGACCAGCGAAGAGAUCAAGAGCUUUUGGAACACUAUGGUAACAACACGUCCCCCUGUGGAUGGCGAAUAUGUGGUAUUAUCUGGCUGGAUCACAGCAUUUUGCAAUUGGAACGAGGAGGGAACAUUUUCGUCGCAUGCGUCAUCACUCCCUGGGCUAGAUGGAGAGCUAUACCCGAUAGUUCAAGUGAAAAAUUUACCCGCAGGCUCAGCUUCCGUCCCGGUGAAGGUGACGAUAAAUGAAGAACUCUGUGAUUGCACAAUGGUCGCAGGCUCUGUUGGAAUCCAAGCCUUCUCUUUGGAGCAACGGGAAAUCCCAGCAGACACGAUGUCUCGCAAAUCCCAAAAAGUUGAAACACCACCAUCGAAACAAGACCCAUAUGGUCUACAAACCAUUCAGCCAGUAUCAGGAUGGUGGAUCGUUGAGAGGACCACUGUUAAAGGGGAUGGAAGCUAUCAUUCCGCAGGUGUCAACUCAGUUGAACGCAUUAAAGAAAAGGGAUCAGCUUUCAUAACAAUAGAUCUUACUUAA